AUGAUUUCCAAGCAACAGAUACCAGUAGCUGGUCUACAACUCACAGUGUAUGGCCUUGAAGAAUACAAGAACAAAGGUGGACAAGGUCCCGUUGCCGUCAUGUUCGCCAUGCAUGGUCGACUUCAGAAAAUGAGUGCCAUGGACCCUAUUUGUGAAGCUCUUUGCUCCCUUAACGACAACGAACCUGGUAGACGGCAUUUGAUUGCUAUAUCAUUUGAUCAUCCAAACCAUGGAGGACGCCUUAUCCAUCGAGAAAGCAACUUUGCAUGGAAGGAAGGCAAGCACCAGAAUCCAAUGCAUGCACAAGACAUGUGGUCCAUGUAUCAUUCGUCAGCCUGUACAGUAUCACAACUCAUUGACGUGGUUGAAGAUUAUCUCUUUGGUCCACAAGAACAAAGCCGUGUCCAAGUGUGGGGUGUCAUGGGCUUUUCGAUGGGUGGUCAUGCAACCUUUUUAGCAGCUGCAUCCGAUCCCCGCAUUAGCGUUGCCAUUCCAAUUGUAGGCACUGCCGACUUUUUGAGCUUGCUACGUGAUCGAUUGUCACAAUCAUCGCUUUCAGAAAAGGAUCACUUGCCUCGACGAUUCUGUGAUAUGGUGGAUGCCAAAACAGCCAACCUGGAUAUCCGACUCAAGAACACCAAACUUCUUAUGAUGAGUGGUGCAAAGGAUCAAUUGGUACCUGGGAAAUUCAAUUUGGAUCUUGUGAAUCGACUUGCCAAGACGCAUACCGGCAAACAAGGACGUGAUUGGGCAUUUGUCAUUGUACCCAAUUGUGGCCAUGAAUGGAGCAAAACUAUGUUUGAUUUAUCGGUUGCAUGGUGUAAUCAAUGGAUGGUGCAAAUUCACUCAGCUACGGAUAGCAUAGAAACCACACUCAAAGCCCACUUGUAA